AAUCCUGAUAACACGAGAUGCGCUGCAGUUUAAUUCCCUCCGUGAGAGCGCAUGGUGCAUCUGCAGAAGUGUGGCCAUGUGACCAUCCACACAGGAAGAGGAGUCGAGAAAUGAGUCAGAGAUUCCUCCUCCGCACAGAAAUCAGACAAAAAGUCCUAAAAAUCCAGCCCGGAGCGCCUUUCCAUCAUCACCAUGCCGUGCUGCAGGCUGCGCGCUCUGUGUCAGUAUGAAACCAACAAGCUGGUCCGGAUCCAGAGCGUCCGGCUCGGCUCACUCAAGUGGAGUCUGAACGGAGCCAUUCUGCUCUUCAUCUGUAUCAUGAUGUUAUGGAACAGGAAGUACCAGGAGUUUGACCUGGUGGUCAGCUCGGUUACCACAAAGGUAAAGGGUGUGGCUCAGGCGCCCCUGCUCGGGGUCGGGAACGUGGUCUGGGAUGAGGUGGACUACAGCGGGCCUUGGAAGGGGAAGAACACCUUCUUUGUGGUGACCAACGUCAUUGUGACAAAGAAUCAGAAGCAGGGGAAAUGUGCGCAGGUUCCUCUCAAAGGCAGAUUCUGUCGCACUGAUAAGGAGUGUGAGAAAGGAGCCUGGGACCAGCAGAAACACGGGAUUCAAACGGGAUCGUGUGUGAAGUUUGAUUUAUUGAAGAAAACCUGUGAAGUUUCUGCGUGGUGUCCGAUCGAAACCAGAACGACCCCUCCAAGACCUGCUCUGCUGGCAGCAGCUGAGAACUUCACCGUCCUCAUCAAAAACAACAUCCGAUUCCCAGCUUUCAACUACAUCAGAAGGAACAUCCUCCCGGAGAUGAACGACGCCUACCUGAGGAACUGCCACCGAGGAAACGACUCCUUGUGCCCCAUCUUCAGACUGGGAGACAUCGUCCGAGAGGCCGGGGAAAAGUUCUCUGAGAUGGCAGUAGAGGGAGGCGUCAUCGGCAUCCUGAUCAAAUGGGACUGCAACCUCGACCGGCUCAUGCAGCGCUGCCUCCCCAGAUACUCUUUCAAGCGACUAGAUGAAAAAGAGAGCAACAAGACGCUCUAUCCGGGCCUCAACUUCAGGUUUGCAAAGUACAACACUGUGAAUGGAGUGGAGGAGCGAACACUCUACAAAGCAUUUGGGAUCAGAUUUGAUGUCAUGGUAUUCGGACAGGCGGGAAAGUUUAGCUUCAUUCAACUCAUCAUCUACAUCGGCUCAACGCUGUCCUACUACGCCCUGACAACCAUCCUGAUCGACUGGUUGAUUGGAACCAGCUGUUACUCUGCAGAGGUCGGUCAAAACUACUCUGAAAGGAAAGUGGAAUCAAUCCAAGAUAAAGAGAAGUGCAUCCUUUGUGUUUCAUACAUUGAUGAGAACAACCUUCGACUGGUAAAACGCUCACAAAAGAAAAGUUUACAGGUCAUCAAACCGAUGUCUGUUCAGCCACGUAAGGAGGAUCCAGGACACUUGAGAGCCAUUCUCUGCCUCCUACAGCCAAGUGAUGACACGAAUGAUGAUGUUCAGCCUUCCCUUGACAAGAAAACCAACCCAAAUGCCAAACCCAGUCGUCCAGCCUGGUGUAUGUGUGACUUCUGCGCUCCUUCCUCCCUCCCGGAGGAGGAGUUGUGCUGCAGACGGACCGAGGGCACCUGCAUCACCUCGUCUCCUCUGUUUGGGCAGCUGGUGCUGCGGCGCUCCCUGCUGGAGGCAGUGCUCCUGUACCAGGAUCCCCUGUCUCCUUCAGUGAAAAAGCUUCAGACUGCCGCCCUGCGUCACUGUGCCUACAGAGAGUAUAUCAGCUGGCGGUUUGGGGUCCCACCCAAUGACACCCAUCCUGCCAUCCCUAGCUGCUGCGUGUGGAGGAUCAGGAGGGAGUACCCGAGCCCAGAUGGACAGUACAGUGGUUUCAGACCUGUAAAGAUGACUUCCAUGCAAGCCUGCGAAAACGGAGAACUAUGAGAGGAGUGUUUUCACUUUACAGAGCAGGGAAGCCCUCACUAACUGACCUACUAACAAUGUUCACAUGUACCGUCUGCCUUACAAAGCAAAACAAAAAUGCAACAACUUUACUCAUCUGUGCGGAAAAUGAAACUUAAUCAGUUUGUCAGCUUGUGUUUGGUGAAGGAAAACUUCACUAAGUCAAUAAAUUACUGCAUUUUCUCAAAUCUGUCAAGUCGUUUGGCUGCUUGGCUGCUGUUUUUCUCACAUUCACUCUCUUUAUGCUGCUUUUUGCCUUUAUAGGGCAGGAAUAACUCUAAUCGGGCUCAGACAAAGGAUUUCUCCUGCCAGGAAUGUGUUCACAUUCAUCAAAUUAUAUGGAAAGAUGGAGAGUUUUGUUCCAGGAUGGGAAAGAAACAGCCCUGAGUAGAUUUGACACAUUUUUCCUAUCAUCUCCUCUAAGGUUCACUAACUGCAGUAAGGUGGGGAGCCUGAGUGUGUAUUUUCAUUUGUACACAGAUGAGACUAAAAACAACAGCUGUUUUUUGGGUUAAUGGAAAGUCAUCGUGUUAUUGGGGUUUAUGUUUUUCAGUAUUGCCAUUUCACUCUGUACUCCUGAUUUCCUUCUGCAUGUAAAGAAACGGUCUAUUAAAACUACUGCACAGAGGGUACAUUUUUAUAUAACUGACCAGUUUAACUUUUAUUAAGCUUACAGUUGGCGUUAUUAAUGGAAUGGACACUAUUACUGACAGGUGCGCCUAUACAGGCAGUCUGCUGGGCUUCACUAAGCAAAUUCAUGUCACAAAAAUGGAACACUUGACUAUUUUUGUGUUGUUGGUUUUAUUGUAAAUGGACUGGUUCUUUUGGACUGGACUUUUGUACCCUACUGGAGCAUUUAAAGCGCUUUGAACAACAUACCUCAUUCACACCCAUUCACACAAACAUGCUUUUCUACAUCUAGGUACUUUCUAGCUAACAUUUAUACACAUUUGUACUCCAGUGGAGCAACCUAGGGUUCAGUAUCUUUCCCAAGGAUACUUUGGCAUGCAGACAGACAUUUUUCAUUUUCACUGGGUUCUCAUAGGCUCUUCUUUGAGAAUCACCACGAUCUCUAAGCAGCAUAUCAAAGACAUUACAUUAACGAACAAACAUGAACAAAGAGGCAAUUGCAAGCAACGCCAUACUAGUCGGGUAGUGAUGGAAUUGAACUGAUUGAAUGGGUAAUUAUUGUGGCUUGUGGUUAACUGUACUAACAGCAUGUCUAAGGGGUCUGUGCUCCAGUUUUGGUGACUGAAAUUGCUUUUUAUUAGUCUUAAACUUGGCAUUAUUCUGCUAUCAAAUCUGCUAGUUUCAGGACUUUGGGGGACUCCAGCCUUUUCACAUCUUCUCCACCCUUUUUUUAAAUGUGUAUGUCUCUGUGUGUUUGUUUUUUUUUAAUACACCAUCUUGAUAAUUUAGUUUUGACAGCAACACAUCUUAUCCUUAUCUAAGGUCAGUGCAUGCUGUACACGAGUGUUUACACUCCUGGCACUUCUUCACCAAAGCUGGACUUCCCUUUAAAAUGUUAAAAUGUAGUCCAUUUGGAUGCCACUGGUCACAAGAUUAAAAAGCAUGGUAGCAGCUAUUGAGCCUUCAGGGUGAACACAACGCUCACAUCCAUCUUUAAUAUACGGUAUGACUGUUACAAAGAGAUUUUGUACUGCUGCUUUUGUUGAUUAAAAUAUUUGGCAUUU